ACUCUGCGUUUUUAUCUACUGCCCUUCGCUAGAGUGAGGUGCCGUCCCGCCGCUGCACGCAGGGCCCUGGCCCGCGCAGGCGCCCCACGGGCGGUUUACAGCGCUGGUGACAGAGCCAGCCUAGACGCGGCGGGAGAGCCUUCUCGAUUAGAGAAAAUGAGGGGUGGCGGAGUGUGAGAGAUGCGAUGUUUCUCCAUCGGGGGUCGGCUGAAACAGCAGAUCCUUGGGAGGCCUGGGCCCUUUGGCUGCACAAACCGAGCAGCACCUUCAGUUCGAAGGAGGCGCCCUGGAGUGGGUUCCACUGCCCCCCCACCCCCGGCAGUCUGGCCCCCUCACUUGUGCGGGGCGUCACUCCCAGCUCCCAGCCGUCCACAGGACCGCAGAGAGCGGCCACCUGCGCUGAGCUGGCCCGCGGUGCGCUCGCGACAGCCGGGGGGCGUGGGGAAAGCUCUACUUCCGGCGUGCGGGCGGCCUCAGACUUGCCCCGGCCCCAAAGCUCCGCGGAAGGCUCGGUGGGGAAGGGUAGUCAAACGAUUCAGAAGCACCCGGACUGUGGGGGCCCGGACGGCAAAGGACACUCAGGCAGGGGGUGCCGGGGUUGGAAUGUACCCGAAAUGCAAAAAGGAGGAGAAACGGGACUCUCCUUUUGAAGCGGGGCCGGCCAUCCGGGAAGAAAACGCAGCCUGCGUCCACCUGCUUGGUCCCGACCACUCCGCAGACUCGAGCCUCUACCCAGCCGGGGCCUGGGGCCUGGAGCCUGGCCCGGAGAGGUGCAGGCCUCCCCGCCCUGUCGCCAAAGCGGCUGGAGAAUUCCGCAAACCAUUUCCUCCGCAGCGUGUCCCUGUCCCUCAGCUCCACCGCGUGACCCUGAGAGCAACAGGCUGCGUGAGAAUCCCGCCACCCCCGCGCUGUGCUGGGCUGCGGAGGGUGCCGUGGGAGGUGGCGCCCUGGGCCCUGGCCGAGAAAGGCUUGUUUUUCAUUCCUGCGCCCCAGGGACGCAUGUCCGAGGCCGCGCCGCCCUCUCGAGACCCACCAUCGGAUUCUCCUGUGGGCUUCCUCCCUUCCUGGGACCGAAGAUCCGGGCCCAGGGAAGAAAGUGCGCGGUUCCCUCACUUUUUCUGCCGGCUACCGGAUCCCCCCCCCCCCCCCCCGCCCCGGCCCUCCUCCAGAAAUUAUGGGAAAGGGGCGCCGGGCCCUGCCCUGUCGCACCCCACGCAAGGACCGCCCGGGGCCGCGGAUUCGCUCCCGCGAGUUUGCGGCAGAGACUCGAGAGCAGCGCUCCACCCGCUGCGACCUGGCACCGCGCCACCGCUCCCGGGACCCCGCCCGCCCAGCAGCAGAAAGGACUCUGACUGCAGUUGGGGACUGACAAGCACAGGACCUGACAAAGUCAGAAAAAGGACAGCAGAAGGGUUUCCAGACAGAGGAAUCACAUGGAUGGACUUCACGGGUCAGUUCCUGGGGUACUGACUGUCCUCUCCAGCAGGCAGAAAUAGGUGCCUGUGCCCGGUUCAGUGCCUGGCAGAUAGAGGGCAC